AUGGCUUCCUCCUCUGAUUAUGAAAGGCAAAUCUCAACUCCCGAUGUUGAAAUGAGUCCUAAUAUUCCUACUACACGAGCUACAUUUACUCCUCCUACCGAUGUUGAUCACGGAUCUGGUGGCGAUGAUUCUGCACCUAGAGCUCCUAAAAGGCCAAGAUCCGAUGUGUGGAACUUCUUCGAGAAUAUAGAAUGGCACAACGUGGCCGGAGGAAAGCCAAGUCCGAUGGCCGUGGUGUUGCAGGACAUCCGACGCCCCGGACCCGAGGGGCCCGUCGUGCCGUGGACUACCUGGGUGGUGGUGAAGAUACCGCGCCGUCGGUGAGGGGGCUCCCGCGAGGGGUUCCUCGGAAGGGAGGGGGAGGUGGGGGAAGUACGGGGGGUCAAGAGGGGUGAACGAUCACAAGGUGCCCCGGGUGGCGAGGCUCGAAGGCGGCCGUCGUCGGGGCAUCGGUUUCAGUUCAAGCUUUACGCGCUCGACGACCUUGUUCAUCUUGGCAACAAGGUGACCAAGGAUAAGCUCAUGGACGCGAUUGAAGGGCAUGUUCUUGCAGAAUCCGAACUGAUCGCGAUCUUCUGAGGCGCCGGGCUCCCUCCCUUCGGUUCUCCUCCGUGGCGGAGCUUUCUAGUCUCGUUUAAUUGCUUAUCUUGUUCUUAAGUCCUUAGUUUUUCUUUCUCUUGUUACUCAGUCCACAGUGUUGCUUCUCUCUUGUUCUUGGUCGUUAGUUUUCUUCCACUUUUACCUGGUCGCCAUCUUUGAGAGGAUCACGAGCUUCAUGUUGUAUGUUCCUCAAAGAUGGAUCUUGUCUGUAGACUAACUUAUUCCUGCAGUUUGAGCUCAAAAGUUUUGAAGGUAGA